ACGGAACUCUUGCCACGGAACUGUUGGCAGAACACCGCACGUUUCCCUCCGACUCACUUACGUAACCGGACCACCAAGGAGGCGUGCUACGUGAAAAAAUGAAUGGAAGUGGAUGUCGCAUUGUUGAUAUUUCUGAAGCGGUUCUUGUGGUGUUGUCAUAAUUAGAACAACACGCGUGAAAAGGUCACGGUGGUUAAGAUGGAGUGUGACAUUUUGGACACACUGGAUCAGUUCGGCUACGAGGGCCCUCUGCUGGAGGAGAAGGCGCUGCUCACAGCUGCAGAGGAAGGCCUGUCCUCCCCUGAAUAUGUGGACCUAUGCAGAUGGCUGGCAUCCAGGUUAAAGCCGUUGUGUGAUCUGGAGGAGACUAUUACCUCGGGUCCAGAUGACAUGGACAGUCUUCAGGUGGAGAUGAGUGGUUUGCUAAAGGAGCUACACUGUCCUUAUGAAGAUGUAGUUUCAGGGAUCCUCAAGGGGAGUGAUCGAACUGCAAAAGAUCACCUCAAAUGUGUUUUAUUUCUAAGCUCUGAGCUCCAGGCAGCUCAGAUUUUGAGGAGCAGAGGAGUCUCAGAUAAACAUCAAGAAGAGAGUCCAGCAUGUCAAGAACUCAUCUCAAUCUGUGAAACACUGAACCUGUCAGAGCCCAGAGGACAGGACGCAGCAGGAGUCUUAGCUGACAUCCAAGAGAAGGUCAAUAAACUCAUAAGUGAUCUCCCAAAUGGCUCCAUUGGAGACCCAGUGCUAAAGAAAUCUCUGUCACUUGAACAGUGGGAGAAGCUGCAGAGCAUUAACACGCUUCUGUGUUCAGAGUACGAGUGUCGGCGCAGGAUGCUGAUCAAACGUUUGGACGUUACAGUUCAGUCGUUUGGGUGGUCAGACAGAGCCAAGGUAAAAGUGGACAGCAUGGCAAAGGCCUACCAACCAAAGAGACACUCUCUGAGGCCACAGUCCAGCGUGGACAUGGCUGAGCUGCUGGCUGCAAGGGAAGAUAUCUGCAAUGUAGUGAAGACCAGCAGUGGUUCCAUGAGGGAGAACACAACUUGUGCUGUCAACAAGAUCCUGAUGGGGAGAGUCCCAGACAGAGGAGGACGUCCAUCAGAGAUACAAGCCCCACCUCCAGAGAUGCCACCUUGGCAAAAAAGACAGGAAGGAGGUGGAGGUUGGGGAGGCCGAGGUGGAGGAAGAGGAGGAGGAGGUGGAUGGGGAGGAGGAGGAGGAGGAGGAGGAGGAGGAGGAGGAGGAGGAGGAGGAGGAGGAGGAGGAGGGAGAGGUUGGAGAGGAGGGGGAUGGAACCAAGGAGGACAAAGUGGACAUGGUGGGCAUGCAGGACAUGGUAACUAUGGAGGACAUGGAGGAAAGAGAGGACGGUAUCAGUAUUAAUCUUUGACUGACAUGCUCUUGUGUCAGGACUUUUCUUUAGAGUGAUCCUGACGAGCUGUUUCACAUGAACUCUAUUCCCUUUUCUUUGUUUUUGUAUGAAGGCAGAAAUCACUGUUUUACGUAACGAUCAAGGAAAGGUUCCUAAUUCAUUUUGUACUAUUACCAAUUUUAAAUUUGCUUUAUUAUAUUCCUA